AUGCUCUACAUAGUCGCUCUAGGCUUCGAAUUCCUCAAACUCUCCUGCAGGUUCAUUGGCGAUGGAGGGAAGAUCGUCCGUAGACGAAUAGAAACUUUGGAGGAACUUCUAGAAGAUUUCGACUGCGUAGUCAACUGCACUGGACUCGAAGCGACGAAGUUGGUAGAGGACAAGCUGCUACAUCCCAUUAGAGGUCAGAUAAUUCGAGUGCACUGCCCAGCUGUCAAACACUUCUUCCUGGAUGACACUAACUAUGUUUUACUAAAGUGA